AUGUCUCUGAGCCUAUUUUGUGUUUAUGAUUGGCAAAAACAAAUCCCUCCAGCAGAGAACAGCGGAGGCUGCGGACCGCGAGCGCGGAGACUCACUCCCUACCUCCUUUCCACUUCCUUCGCCCGGAGCCUGCUUUUCCGCCUCUGCCCAUCAGUUGGCGCCCUUCGCCGUCCUUUUCAUCCCAAGUUAGCUUUGGGGGUUGCCUUCGCUCCGCAGCUCGCAGGUCACAUGGAGCUGCGCGGCGCGGGAGGAGGCGAGGCGAGGCUCCGGCGCGCCCCCAAACCGCUUCUGGGUUCGGCAAUGGCUCCUGCGUGGACUGCAGCACCAGCCGGUCUAGGCAGCGCCAGAGGCGGCCCUCCGCGUGCGCAGAGGAUGGAGCUGACCGCCCCCACCGGACCUGUCACCAUGGCCCACAAAUUCCCAGCCCUCACCGCAGACCAGAAGAAGGAGCUCUCAGAAAUCGCCCAGCGCAUCGUUGCCAAUGGGAAGGGGAUCCUGGCUGCCGAUGAGUCUGUAGGCACCAUGGGAAACCGCCUGCAGAGGAUCAACGUGGAGAACACAGAAGAGAACCGCCGGCAGUUCCGUGAAAUCCUCUUCACCGUGGACAACUCUGUCAGCCAGAGCAUCGGGGGCGUGAUCCUGUUCCAUGAGACCCUCUACCAGAAGGACAGCCAGGGCAAGCUGUUCAGAAACAUCCUUAAGGAAAAGGGCAUCGUGGUGGGGAUCAAGGUGAUUCUUGCAGGAACAAACAAGGAAACCACCAUUCAAGGGCUCGAUGGCCUUUCUCAGCGCUGUGCUCAGUAUAAGAAAGACGGUGUUGACUUUGGGAAGUGGCGUGCUGUGCUGAGGAUUGACAACCAGUGUCCAUCCGCCCUUGCUAUCCAGGAAAAUGCCAACGCCCUGGCUCGCUACGCCAGCAUCUGCCAGCAGAACGGGCUGGUACCUAUUGUGGAACCAGAGGUAAUUCCUGAUGGAGACCAUGACAUGGAACACUGCCAAUAUGUUACUGAGAAGGUCCUGGCUGCUGUCUACAAGGCCCUGAACGACCAUCAUGUGUACCUGGAGGGCACCCUGCUGAAGCCCAACAUGGUGACCGCUGGGCAUGCCUGCACCAAGAAGUAUACUCCAGAGCAAGUGGCCAUGGCCACUGUCACCGCUCUCCACCGUACCGUUCCUGCUGCUGUGCCUGGCAUCUGCUUUUUGUCUGGUGGCAUGAGUGAAGAGGAUGCUACCCUCAACCUCAAUGCUAUCAACCUUUGCCCUCUCCCCAAGCCCUGGAAACUAAGUUUCUCUUAUGGACGGGCCCUGCAGGCCAGUGCACUGGCUGCUUGGGGUGGCAAGGCUGCAAACAAGAAGGCGACACAGGAGGCUUUUAUGAAGCGGGCUGUGGCUAACUGCCAGGCAGCCAAGGGCAAGUAUACUUCCACGGGCUCUUCUGGUGCUGCGUCCACCCAGUCGCUCUUCACAGCCAACUAUACCUACUAGAAACAGAAAGGUCGGCUGGCUCCAGCUCUUUGAGGUGUCUUGGGAAGAGGGCUGAAAGGGAACAACCACCUUUUGACUGACCCUGGAAAUCAGACCAAAUUAGAUUGAAGUACUGGAAACACAAUACAUGUUAAAUUCUUAGACACAAGGGAAAAAACAAUCAGUUAUUGAAACUUAAGUCCAAAUAUCAAGGAUUGGAUGAAAUUUCACACUGCGGUUUCCUUGCCACACUUCCAGCUGCCCAUGACCCAGAGUCUCCACCUAAGAAAAGAAUAGACUUUAAAACGAAAUCUGCUCUCCAUCCAAAUAACGACGACUGAGUGAAAUGUCUCAGAAGCUGAGGGCAGAGAAGUGCAUCUUAUGAAAUGAUCUUAGGCGUGGUAGGUUAUGAAAGGGACAGCUGUGACCAAAAGGAAAUAAAAUAAGCUAUAAACCUUCA